UACCGUGCUAGCAGCUAAGCCACUUAGCGAGAUUAUACUAAUAUAACUGAGGACAGGACAUCGUACUGUUCUAGACUUCAGACUUGGUGACAUAAUCAACCUAGAUGCGUCAUCAGUUCUCAUUUGCAGGACCCGUUGGUCCAAUUUUCUUUAAUUUUCGGAAAAAUAAAAAAAUUAUUGCGCGCGGAAGUCCGAUGGAAGCCGGAGUCUUGAUUUAAUUUACUGGUUGGCCCGUCACCAAGACGUCAGCGUUUGAUUAGCGAUCGCUAAAUAUUGGCUCAACUGAUUAGCUUCUUUGCUGCCAGUCUUCAUCGAUACCAAUUGAUCUACUUAUAUAUCGGAGGAGAGAUGCGAACUCAUGGAUGCCAAUCUCUGACAGACUUUUUUCUUGUCUUCGCAACUCAACUACAAGGACUUAUUGACUGAUGGUAGCUUCUUUGAGUCGGAUGUUUUUAAAGAUGAUGGAGUGCUACCUUCAAACCGAUGGACGCAGAUUAUUGCUGAAAAAAUCGUCAGAUGAUCUUGGAAGUCUGGUGACUGGAAACCUGUCCCAGAAUCCAGUGUCCUCGGUAGACAAUGACAAACUGAUCAAACAGAAACGUCACAGGACUCGCUUCACUCCCGGCCAGCUGAACGAGCUGGAGAGAAGCUUCACCAAGACUCACUACCCAGACAUCUUCAUGAGGGAGGAGCUGGCUCUGAGGAUUGGUCUGACUGAAUCCAGAGUUCAGGUGUGGUUCCAGAACAGACGGGCAAAAUGGAAAAAGCGAAAGAAGGCAACUAAUGUGUUCAGAAAUCCUGGAGCACUUCUACCUUCCACAGGUCUGAACCCAUUUGGCAGCAUGGGAGAUGCUUUCUGUGGCUUUCCAUCUUCUGAUGGCCGAUGGCCAACCAUGGCCCAAAUGAACACUAACAUGAACCCUUUGGCUCUCUCGGCGGCGGCGUCGCUUGGGCCACGACAGAGCAUCCAGACCUCCCUGGCAACAUCCAUGUCUAUGAACUCUCUUGGGAACCAUACAAACCACAUGAGCUUUGGGAACGCUUUGGGCAUGGGCAACGGAAGCCCUCCAUCGGCCUACGCCACAGGAUACUCCAUGGUUCCCUCCGCCUGCGGAACUGGUAACGGGAGCGGCGGAAGCCUGUCUGGGAACUCCCCGUCUCCCACUCUGACGGCGUCCAGCCUCCAAUGCGGCCUGUCAGACGUGGAGGAGUCCUGGAGAGGCUCCAGCAUUGCAGCCUUAAGAAGGAAGGCCAUGGAGCAUACAGUCAACAUCAGUGGUUACCGUUGAGCAGACGAUUAGAAAACAUUUCAAGAAUCUCGUGCAUACCCACUGAACGCGCCAUGCACGUGCAAAGAGCAGUGAGAAACUAUUGGGGUAUUAAAAGCCUUUUCAAGCUUCUAGUAGAUGAUAUUUAUAAACAAUUUGUUACAAUGUUUUGUAACCCUUACUCGUAAGUUGUAUUGACUGGACCAUAUCGGAUCACAUUCAUUGUGUUCAAAUGCCUAUAUAAAGAAUAAAUAUUUAUUGUUAAAUGCCGUUUAUGGAGUUCGAUUAGGUCUAUAGAUUGUUAGUCUGCAGUAUGUCCUCUGGGCAUGUAUGGAUUUAAGAAACUUUCAAUUAUCUGGUGACAUGAUAUCCUACAAGUGUGUGCUGAGUGAACGGUCAAUUUACUGUACUUACGUAUUAUAUCGCCAUACUGACUCAGUUGUUUUUCUGUCCAUAUGACCAUCAUCCAGUGUAUAAUGAUUUGGCAUCACAAUACUAAUACACUAUUAAAAUGCUCUUUCUAAAUGAAAAGAUUAGCACUAUAUAAUAUAUGUAUUUAUAUUCAGAAGGCCUAAAGUUAGUAGAUCUAGUCUAUAUCACUAUUUCUUGUUCAUAAUGAAAUAUGUUGUUUUAAUCAUUUAGGUAUGUUUUAUCCCUUAAACAUAACCUUAUCUAUUGAAGAAGGGUUGAAAACCGAAGGGCCAUAAUUGGUAACAAGAAGUUAACUAAAAUGUCUCAAGACAUAUUAAAAAUAUAAAUGUUUAUUCCAUCUAUUUGCUUUGUAUGUACAUUUAGACAAGAAUUACUAGAGAACAGUGUUCCCCAAACUGUGUUUCGCGAGGCUUUAAUAUGUGUUCCAAAAACUACUGGAAUAAUUAACUAGAAGGCAACCACGUGAAUUAAUCUCUCAAAAAAAAAAAAAACAGCUAAUUGUUCAGCUAAAUACUCGAAUUUGCAAGUGUUCCGUUAAGGAAAAAUUUUGGGAAUGACUGCUAUUGAAGACUAUUUGCUAAUACUAGUAUAUUUGUUGAGUAGAAAUUAUCAAAGACUGACCAUGGUUAUGGGCUCGAUCUCCAUACUGGCCAAUUUAUUUUGUCUUUAUUUUUUCAAUGACAAAUAAAAUAGGAAUGUUUAGCUUACUCGAUUAUGUGAACAUAAAUCAAUUUUGUUUUUGUUGUAAGAACCAGUGCUUUUUUUCUUUUUUUGUGACGGUACGCACCGGUACGGCGUACCGGCACCUUUUUCGGUGUGGGGAAAAAUUAUUACUUUUCUUGCAUUUUAACGUUUAUUAUUAAUUUAUUAGUAGUUAAAAGUUAGGCAAUCCAUCACUGAAUACCGGCACCUAUUUUGUUACAAAAAAAAGCACUGAUUCGAACAAACAUUCAUGUAUUAAGCAUAGCAGUUCUAAAUAAUAUUAAGAAGGUUGCAGUAAAUCCACAUUUGCGCUUCCGAAACAAUUUAGUUUUCAACUCUGAAACUGUAGUCACACGUGAUGGCAAUGUGACAUUAAUUUAGUUGUUUGCCCAAAAGUGUACGCUUGAAAGAAUUCUAGUUGUUUCGUUGUAUCGACUCUAUUGUUUAAUCAAGGGAACAAACUGAUGUGUGGCUCGUUUGGUUUUGGAUCUACAUGCAGGAAUUGGGUAGCAUAAUAAACACACACAUAGAAGAUACGUAUUAUUAUACAAUGUGUGAGAUACAAUCUUGUUUCUUUCUUGUUAGGUUUUGAAUCUGGUAAUCACUUUCUUCAACAAUCACACAAAAUCUGAACAUUUAUUAGUCCCGAUGUAGACAGUCUGUGCAGUUUUAAUAAAUCUUGUUAGAACCAGACCAUGAAUUAUCAGAAUGUGGCUGAUUUUCGGGCAAUGUGAAAAUGUGACCCCAAAAAAAAACAAUUAGACGCAUUUUUGUAACAAAAAAUAUUUUAUCUAAAUAAAAAAUUAAUUGAAGUUACAAUUAGCCUACAUAAAAGUAGGCCUCUAACUGAGGAUGCUCAGCCGAUAAGCUUCCAUAACAUAAAUAACAUUUAGAAAUCAGCAACGAAGUAAUAACAUUUACGAGAUGCUUGAAUUUUGUUUUAAAUAUAUACAAAUAUACUGAUAUAGAAACAAGUUUUAGGCAUAUAAAAUAACAUUAAGUAAAAGCCUCUUUAUCUUAACUUACAGUUGUAAAUAGCUUUUGCUACAAAAAAUAGCCCCUGCUUGCUGGAACCAUUUAAAUGAUUUUUAAACUACUGAAACUAUACAUAGUCUAGUCUAGUUAACCGGCUAUUUGUUUCCUUUAACCUGAUGAUCUGGACUAAAUAUACGUUCUCUUAACUGUAAGUCUAUCUCUUAGAAUCUGUUGUUUAUCCUGUAAAUAUUGUGUAUAACAUCAACAAACUUUGAUGGUCUUUUUUAUAAUUAAACACAAGUGGAAUGAUUCUCGUGAUUUACUGUCCUUUAUUAGUUUUUUAUGUAUUAAUUGUUGCUAUUAACUGCUCUAUU